AUGCCGGGUCCGAUCGAUCCAGAGUCCAUCUACACCAAGCAGACAUGCAUCGGUGGUGGAAGUUUUGGCCGAGUUUACAAAGGCGUUGAUAGGCGUACCGGAGAAUCAGUCGCCAUCAAAAUCAUCGAUGUCGAGAAUGCCGAAGACGAAGUCGACGACAUCAUUCAAGAGAUCGCCAUUCUCUCGGAGCUCAAGUCUCCAUACGUGACGAAGUACCAUGGAUCCUAUCUGAAAGGGUCCAACCUGUGGAUUAUCAUGGAGUUCUGCUCUGGUGGCAGUUGCCACGGUCUGCUCCGCCCAGGGGCGAUUCACGAAGAGUACAUCGCAAUCAUUUUGCGAGAGCUUCUGCAUGGUUUGGAUUAUCUCCACACGGACAAAAAGCUGCACCGAGAUAUCAAAGGCAAGUUCAUUGUGUUCCAACAUAUCAGAGCCAAUGGCCAAGUAAAGCUGGCCGACUUCGGUGUUUCUGGGCAGCUGUCCGCGACGAUGACAAAGAAGAAUACUUUUGUCGGGACUCCGUUUUGGAUGGCACCGGAGGUCAUCAAGCAAUCGGGAUAUGACUACAAAGCCGAUAUCUGGUCAUUGGGAAUCACAGCAAUUGAAUUGGCUUGUGGGGAUCCACCCUAUGCAGAUAUCCACCCCAUGAAGGUCCUCUUCCUGAUCCCCAAGAACCCACCUCCGACUCUGAACGGCAGCUUCACGAAACAUUUCAAACAGUUCGUUGAACUGUGCCUCCGGCGGGACCCAAAGGAGAGACCUUCUGCACGGGAGCUGCUCGAGCACCCAUUCAUCAAGAAGGCGAAGCGGACAACAUACCUGACUGAACUGAUUGAGCGUGCCGAACGCUGGCAGGCAACACAUUGUGGUAAGGAUGAUGAUGAGUAUUACGACGAGGUUGAGGAGCCCACCGCGGCGCCUUCUGAGCAUCAGGAGGACCUCUGGGACUUCGGCACCGUGAGACCCGUUGGUCGGCCUACUGGACCUGCCCUGCAACCCAAGAAGGAUUCCGAUACUAAUUCCCGUUCUCAAGACACUGAGGAGUGGGAUCUCCAAGGCGAUGAAAAGCCAUCAACAGAACCGCUGGUUCGCCCGAAACAGGGAAUGGCUAACCCAUCUGCCAAAAAAUACGCAAGUCCCCAGCUCGGUGAUAUCUCACGUUCUUCCAUGCCAUCCGCUGCCCUUCCCCCUCUCCCUCUGUCCCCUUCAAAGCCCGCUUCUUCCCAGCCUGUCUCACCUGUCGCUCAACCCCCUCCUCCCCGCAUGGCGUCCAACACCUCUCAGAAUAGCUCCCCCGUCAAUGUCCACAACGACCGCUACACAAAGGCAGUUGUGGACUUCGCCAGCGGUGGUGGAUCACCGCCAUCAAAGACAUCCUCCCCGGUUGAGCCCCAUUUCCCGAAAACCACACAUGCCCAAUCCGCCGGCAAUAUUUCCGCUGAGCAGUCGCGCAACCCAGGCCAAGUUUCUCGCAAACAUCUACUCGGCCAGCGCCCACUGCCUGAUCUCAAUCUGAGCGCUAUGUCACCUCGUACUGGUCCGCCCAGUGCCCAUCAACAACAGCCCGGAUCACCGACUCCACAACCCGGUUUGAAGUCCAAGCUUGCCCCGGGUCGCAAAGACCCGCGCUAUCGAAAUGCCAGUCGUCCUCAAACCCCAACCGGGUCUACUCCAGCUCCCGAUACACCCAAAUUACCUGCGAACUCUCGCCAAACUCCCGCUGAAGCGGAGCGUGCUACCGCCUACGGCUCAGUCAUUGUACCCGCACUCCGCACUGCCAUGAAUCGUCGCGGCCGUCACCUCGCUCGUCACGAUCCAGUCCGGAACUAUGGCCAGGGAGAGCGUGAGGUCACGCCUGAGGAACACGAGGCUUGGGAUCGUCGUGUACAAGUUCACGCCGAAAUGGAGGGAAUCACGAAUGAUAUCGCGAGCCUAAUGACCAGACUUCACCAGUGGGAUAUGACCGACCCCGUCCCCAUGGGUGGUGGCGUCGACGCCGUUCUUGAUGUCUUUUUGGAGGAGGUACUUGUUCGGAUUGGGCCAAAUGGACGCCAUUAG